CCUGCCUCCGCGGCGAUGGCGGCGCGGCGCACGCGGCCGGUGCGGGUGCUGGUGGACAUGGAUGGCGUGCUGGCCGACUUCGAGGCCGGCCUCCUGCGGGGAUUCCGCCGCCACUUCCCCGGGGAGCCGCACGUGGCACUGGAAGAGCACCACGGCUUCCUCGCCCGCGAGCAGUACCGAGCCCUGCGGCCAGACCUGGCGCACAAAGUGGCCAGUGUGUAUGAAGCCCCAGGCUUUUUCCUAGACUUGGAGCCUAUCCCAGGAGCCUUGGAAGCCCUGCAGGAGAUGAACAACAUGCAGGACACCGAGGUCUUCAUCUGCACCAGCCCUCUGACGAAGUAAGAACACUGUGUGGGUGAGAAGUACCGCUGGGUGGAGAACCACCUGGGGCCGCAGUUUGUGGAGCGCAUCAUCCUGACAAAGGACAAGACAGUGGUCUUGGGGGACCUGCUCAUUGACGACAAGGACACCAUUCGAGGCCAAGAGGAGACCCCAAGCUGGGAGCACAUAUUGUUCACUUGCUGCCACAACCAGCACCUCACCCUGCCCCCCACAAAGAGACGACUGCUGUCCUGGAGUGACAACUGGAGGGAGAUCAUAGACAGCAAGCGGGGGGGGAAAAAU